AUGUCAAACGAGGAGUUCACAGUUCGGGAUGCAGACGCUGAUAUCAAAGGGGAAAACUUCCCUUUGGACGACAACAGUUACGUCUUGCCACCACGCACGCUUGCAUAUCGCUUAGUUGACCUCUUUUUAGAUCAUGUGCCCCCGAUUCUGCCUUUGGUGCAUGAGCCGACUUUUCGCAACGAGUUGGACGAAUUAUACGACAAGCGCAAAUCAGCAGGCAUAGCCUUCCGCAGUCUGGUCAAUGUCGUCUUCGCCUAUGGCUGUGAUUAUCUUGAGCUUGACUUGGCUCGAACUUACGAAUUGUCCCAAGAUUUCCACGAACGAGCUACUGAUUUGAUCCUCCUAGUUUGCUACGAACUUGCGUCACUUGAAGUGGUACAGGCGGCUCUUCUGGUGACUUUACAUCUCAACAGCAGCAUGCAGUUCCACCGGAUGUGGAUAAAUACGGGCUUGCUUGUGAGGACGGCACAAGCGCUGAACUUGCAUCUGGACCCAUCGGACUGGAACAUCGGCAUGAUCGAGAAGGAACUGCCUUUAAACAUCGAAACUGGCCACCCAGUUCUACCGUCGGCCGCGGACGACGACCAGAUCCUACCGACAUACAUCGUCAAAUCACGAGAUCCUACACGUCAACCUUCGCAACUUCACUUUUUCAAUUGUCUGAUGCAACUGAUCCAUAUCUCGGAAACGGCACUCUCUUCCUAUUCUACAAACGCCCCGUGGGUGUUGUCUAAACAGAAGAAUAAUAAUCUUUCAAAGGACGAUCCACGAAAAGCCCUCUAUAUCCAGAUGGCCAUGGCUCUUGAACAAGAAAGCAAGCUUGUUGCCUGGCUUGGGGAGCUCCCUGAGCAUCUGCGCUUUGAUUUCAGCAAUUCAGAUCCAAAGCUUCGCAAACAGCGGCGAAGUCUGCAGACUCGUUAUUUGCAUACCCGGCUCAUGAUUCAUAGAAUGAACAUGAUUCCCGCGAUCAGGCCUGACAAGGGGAACAACAUCCUGGGAUGGAACGACAAAUUCGCGCAGUCCAUUCUAAGCUCGAGUAUUCAGCAAUGUAUUGAGUGCUCCUGCGAAUUGAUUGGCUUGGUCACUGAAUAUUACGAACAGAAUACCUUGGAUCCAUGGUGGCUUCUUCUCCAGGUUAUUUUUACGAUUUUGGCCACACUCUUUGCCGUUCGAGCAAGAAGGAACAUCCUCCAGAAUCUAGACGAUAACAGCAUCAAUAUCACUCUCGAGAAGGCCAUGAGCCUCCUGCAUUCUUUGGGCGACAUCAACCCAGCUUUAACUCAGUGUCGGCAAUAUUUUGAGUCACUGAUGUCGUGUGCCGUGACCCAGGGCGCACUCUUGGACGGAGAAAAGGUUUAUGGGCUCAAACUUCCCACGGAUCCUCAAUUUCAGACAACAUCUUUUCCCCACACACGAAACCCCGUUCUAACGUUCCAGCAGAGGCCAAAAUCAAGUAUCCAGAACGUGGUGGAUGGUCAAGCCCGGAACAUCCACCUGUUGGAUGCGGAUCAGACGAUGGCAGACUAUCCUGCAGAACUGUUCGCUGAUGCCACUUUCGGCAACUUCAACUUUGGCGCAUUGGAUCCUACUCUUCAAAUGUAG